AUGCCCGGGGAGCUCUCGGUGAAGAAAGGCGGCGGCAGAACACCAGCCGCCGCAGUGGAGUUGUGCCGGAUGCGGCGAACGGACGUGUGGGAGGGUGUCUGCCGCGCGUAUACGGGGGCGGCACAAAGUGCGUCGAGUGAGGCGGAGGCCGCUAAGGCGGCGAGACAGAAGGCCAUUUUGGCGGCGUUAGGAGGAGAUGACAACGCGAAGAAACGCGACAGCCCGAAGCCGACGCCCAUUACCGCGCCGGCGGCGGAGCUUUUAACGGAUGAGGACGUUGACUUCAGCCAGCCGCAGCCCAACGGCGUUGAGCGGAUGCUGAGGUUAAUGCAGAGGAAGAAGCUGAGAGGCGACAGGGAUCUGCCGCGUGUUCUUUUGACACGCGACGUGAAAAUGCCGCCUCCAAGUACUGGAAAUGACUCUCUGACUGGUAGAGACUCCCCUCGUGGUCGAGUCUCCCAACAUGGAUCUGACUCCCUCGGUCGUGACAGCGAGGACUGGCUCUCGGACUCCAGCGAAAUGUCCGGCAUGUCGCUGGACUCCGAGGGACUGCCCGCACUUACCCCGGAUAGGACUCACCGUAAGAGACGGAACACGGACGAAGACAUGGCGCCCCCCCUCAGUAAAGGGGUGGUGCCCAAAUCUAAGAAGGGGCGCGGCCGACCGCCAACGACUGGCCAGUAUGUCGGUCUGGCGAAGGCGCAGGCUGAUUAUAACAAGGAGAAGGCCGAGAGUAUCAAACUCCAGGCCGAGGCAGAGGUAGCCGAGUCGGUGCGUGCAGUGAAGGAGGCACGCGAGUCACUGCUUCGUGCGAGCCCUGCCCCAAAGGUAGGAGAGUCAGAGCAGACCAACGCCGCUCUGAUUCAAAGUGUAGAGGUUUCGUUGGAGGCUGUAACAACUGUCGCCACGAAGUCUCAAAACCUGAAGGGCACUUUUGUGCGGGCCCUCAAGGAGGCGGUCGUCAGCAUCAGGGCGGCCGUCACCGAGCUAAAGGGCCGAUCGAUGUCGGAGGAAAUGAAGAGGUUGGAGGAGCAGAAUGCGCGACUUCAGCAGCAAGUGACGGAUUUGCGUCAGGAGCUGCAAGAGUUGCGCCGGCAACCACCUGCUCCCGCCGGCAAGGACCUGCAAGAGUUGUUAGCCGAGGUCUCCCGUUCUAACGUGGAGACCUUCGGCAAUAUGCUCAACGCGAGGCUUGCCGGCCUGGAGGAUAGACUCCUCCCCGAACCACGAAGGAGACCGCCACUGGCGGCGGACAACGUUGACGUCCCGCCGCCAGAAGAAAGAGAGAAGACGCCGAAGCGCACAGUAACGGCUUCCCAAGUAGCCCCAGCCGCACAGGAAUUGGCUGCGGCUGAGGCCAAGAAAAAGAAAAAGAAGAAGCGGCCAUCAAUGGCAGCACAGGAAGCGGCACAGAGGGGAGCACAUACCAGCUCGCUGCCCAAUGAAGCCCAAUGGACCACAAUAGUCUCAAAGGGCCAGAAGAAGAAAAAGGAGGCGGCCACACCAUCUAAGGCCGCCUCUGAGAAGACAAAGAAGAAGAAGCGGAAGGCUCGUAUACGGAACCCUGCUACCGCAGCUGUCACUCUUACACUGGGGGCGUCGGCCGCGGAGCAGGGUCUCACGUACAGCAAGGUCCUGCUCGAGGCCCGAUCGAAGAUCAACCUGGCGGAACUCAACAUCUCCAGGGGGGUCAGAAUACGCAAGGCCCAAACUGGAGCGCGCAUAAUCGCUGUCGGUGGCGAGGGUGCGAUGGAGAAAGCGGAUGCCUUGGCUGCCAUGCUUAAGGACGUUCUAAACUGUGACCAGGUGAAAGUCGCCCGGCCGAUUCCGUGCGCGGAGAUCCGCGUCGCCGGCCUGAACGACUCUGUGACGGCCGCCGAGGUCAUCGAGGCGGUCGCACGAGAGGGAGGAUGCUCGGCUGACCAAAUAAGGUCGGGGCCAGCGGCGGAGUGCGGGGCAGCAGAGCCUAACUGCUCCCUGUGCGAGGCCGCUGGCAAAGUAGAAAGGGGGCACGUGCUGGGCAGAUGCCCAUCUGCUAAAAAGCCGGCCCCCGGAGAAGAGAAGGCCCCGUCUAAAAAGGCUCGGCAAAAGCCGAAGCCUAAGGGCAAGCGGGCUCCACCCGUCUCUGCCGCGAUGGAGAUGGAGGCCUAG